GUGAUAAUUAAUCCAGGUGUGUCUGCGUUCUUGAGUUCGUAAGAACUUCCCUUCGUAGGGAUUUUUUCUUCCUCAUCGAAAAGCUUGCCGACGAGAUUUUCUUCUACUUCUGCCAUGUCGACGGUCGAGGAGGAUAGUCCGGCGGUCGAUGUCGGUGAUCCGGCGGAAGACAGGCUUGAACCGGCGGAGGACGGUGAUGGACCGUCGUAUGUCUAGAUUAGGGUUUUUCCCUAGGAAUCUUGCUCUGAUACCAUGAAGAAAAUAAUAAGAGGGAAAUUAUUCUGUAUAUUGAAUUGUUCUGCUAAGUACAAGGAGUUUCUCCUUUAUUUAUAGGAGAGGAUAAAGACCAAAACACAAAAGGAAUUCUAUUCCUACAAGGAAACAAAUCACUAAAUAUGAACAAGGAAACAAAUCAAGAGCAAUCCCACUUAGAAUGGGAUUUGCUCUCCUUCUUGCCGUGUGGUCCAAGGAGCACCGCCCAACAAAACACCAAUUCAACAUGUGGCUAAUCCUGAAGAACAGACUUCAUACAAGACAGAGGCUAACCCCUUCUCUCUUCAUCGCAAUCGGAAAACGCUGCCCCGCCUCUUCUUCAUCGCAAUCACAGCGCCUCGAGAGAGAAUAAGCCGCCGCCGCCGCUGCAGUUGUGACUCCGUCGCCGAGACAUUUGUUCAAUUUCCGACCAUCAGGUAAUCAAUUCAUGUCCUCAAUGUGUUUGAUAUUCUCUUUUGUUAAAAUCAAUUUUAAACCCUAAAAUAUAUUAUCUUGAAUUCUUUUGAAAUUUCUGUUUGGAACAAUCCCUUGGUGUUAACCACCCCCAAUUUGAUAGUUCACCUUUUUUUUCUCUUUCAAAAUCCAUAAACUUGCACAUGGAGUACAAUUAUACCUUAGACCCACAACUUGAAAUCUCCUCUGGUUAUGGCCAUCUAAGGGAUUGAGACAGUGAAAGGAAAAAUGGAGAAAUCAGAAUCCCAGACAGGAAGUGAAAGAAAGCAACAAAGGAAAUCUGGAAUAAUCCGGUAAUAGUUCCAGGAUCAAAUUUUUGCUAAAGACAAUACUCCGGCACUCUUAGUAAAUCCGUCAGCUCUUCAAUUCCCACUGCAACACCGUCCGCAAUGAGCCACAUCAACUCGACGGCCGGCGUUGAGAGUUCUCCUAACCACGUCGUCGGUGAUUGGUUCUCCGUGCCGGAGCUCAGACUCCGAGAACACUGGUUCACUGUUCCUCUCGACCACUCCUCCACAGAUCCCCGUGGUUCCCCUACUAUCUCCAUCUUCGCCCGCGAGGUCGUUGCUGCUGGUAAAGAAGAAAUUCCUCUACCAUAUCUGGUCUACUUACAAGGAGGGCCGGGAUUUGAAUGUCCACGGCCAACUGAAGCUAGUGGAUGGAUAAGUAAAGCGUGUGAAGAAUAUCGUGUGAUUUUAAUGGAUCAGCGAGGAACAGGCCUGUCCUCGCCCUUGACGACAUCAUCUAUGUCGCAAAUGAAUUCUGCUGAGGAGUUGGCUGAUUACUUGAAGCACUUUAGGGCGGACAGCAUCGUAUAUGAUGCUGAAUUUAUUCGCAAAUGUAUCGUUCCUAAUGCCGGCCCUUGGACUGUUUUAGGACAGAGCUUUGGAGGUUUCUGUGCAGUCACCUAUUUGAGUUUUGCUCCACAAGGAUUGAAACAAGUUCUAAUAACAGGUGGACUCCCUCCCAUCCAAAGUGGCUGCACUGCUGAUCGUGUAUAUACAGCAGGCUUUGAGCAAGUAACGCUUCAGAAUGAAAAAUACUACAAGAGGUUUCCUCAAGAUAUUAAAAUUGUUCAAGAUGUCGUUAAACACUUGGCAGAAUCUGACAGCGGAGGGGUGUGCCUUCCAUCAGGUGGCAUUCUAACACCCAGAGGAAUACAACUGCUUGGUCUCUUUGGUUUAGGAUCCAGUACUGGUUUUGAACGCUUGCAUUAUAUGUUUGAGAGGGUUUGGGAUCCGGUAAUAGUUCCAGGAUCAAAAAGGAGAAUCAGCUACUGCUUCUUAAAUGCUUACGAAAGAUGGCUGCCAUUUGAUACAAAUCCCUUAUAUGCAAUACUGCAAGAAUCAUUAUAUUGCCAGGGUUAUGCGUCAGAGUGGUCUGCUCACAGAAUAAGAGCUGAAACUGAGAACAAAUUUGAUGCAAUUGAGGCUGCUAAAGAAGGGCGUCCUGUGCUUUUCACCGGAGAAAUGGUAUUUCCAUGGUUAUUUGAUGAAAUUCAUGCCUUGAGGCCAUAUAAAGAAGUUGCUGAAUUGUUGGCAAAGAAGAAAGAUUGGCCUCCACUCUAUGACACUGCUAUGUUGAAGAAUAACAAGGUUCCGGUUGCUGCAGCGGUUUAUUAUGAAGACUUGUACGUCAACUGUAAACUGUCAAUGGAGACUGCAUCAGAGAUAGAAGGGAUGAGGGUGUGGGUGACAAACGAAUACAUGCACUCGGGGCUGAGAGAUGCAGGACCUCGGGUUUUGAAACACUUGCUGGGUAUGCUCAAUGGAAGGAAGCCGCUGUUUUAACCCUUUCUUCAAUCUCUUCUCACCUUUGCUCGGCGCCGAGCUGCCCUUUUUUGUAUAUAAAAAAAACAAGAAUCUGCAAUGAUCAUAAGAAGCAUUAACUCACAAGUGUGAGAGGUGUUCUUAAGCUACUAGUCUGGUUUUGUCCAAUCCAAUUAAAGCUAGUAGAAUGGG